GCAGUGGGGUGGGCUUAAGUGAUUCUGGACACCCCGCUCUGACUGUUGCUGCUGGGUACUGUGAGAAAGCUCAGACCGGCUCUGAAGUUGCGGCAUGGAGAGGAUAUGGUCACGUCCCACAAUGAAUGCAGUGACAUAUGAGGAUGUGCAUGUAAACUUUACUCGGGAAGAAUGGGCUUUGUUGGAUCCUUUCCAAAAGAAUCUCUACAAAGAAGUGAUGCUGGAGACCUACAGCAACCUCACUGCUAUAGGCUAUUAUUGGGAAGACCACAGUUAUGAAAAGAAUUCUCAAAAUUCUAGAAGACAUGGAAGGCAUCUUCAAAGGGAAGAAAGAAUUCACACUGGAGAGAAAAUUUAUAAACAUGUGCAGUGUAAUGACAUGUUUUCAAGGCAUAGUCAUCCUCAGAUACAUGAAAGAAUGCUUACUGGAGCCUUUGUAUAUGAUAGUGGUCUUCAAAUGCAUAGAAGAACACACAUAGGAGAGAAACCCUGUGAUUUUAACACAUGUGGUAAAGCCUUUGCAUGCCCCAGCCAUCUGCAAAGCCCUAAAAGGACACAUACUGGAGAGAAGCCCUAUGAAUGUAAACAGUGUGGUAAAGUCUUUUCAUGGCACAGUGCUCUUCAUCGGCAUAAAAGAAUACAUACUGGAGAGAAGCCCUAUGAAUGUAAACUAUGUGGUAAAGCCUUUUCAUAUGACUGUGUUCUCCAAAGGCACAAAAGAACACAUACUGGAGAGAAGCCCUAUGAAUGUAAACAGUGUGGUAAAGCCUUUACACAGAUCAGUAAUCUUCAGAGUCAUAAAAGAACACAUACUGGAGAGAAGCCCUAUGACUGUAAACUAUGUGGUAAAGCCUUUGCAUAUCACACUGCUCUUCAAAGGCAUAAAAGAACACAUACUGGAGAGAAGCCUUGUGGAUGUAACCAAUAUCACAAAGCCUUUGCUCCUCACGGCCAUCUUCAGAUUCAUAAAAGAACACAUACUGGAGAGAAGCCCUAUGAAUGUAAACAAUGUGGUAAAGUCUUUGCCCAUCACAGUGCUCUUCAAAGGCAUAAAAGAACACAUACUGGAGAAAAGCCCUAUGAAUGUAAGCAAUGUGGAAAAGCCUUUGCACAGAACAGUACUCUUCAGAGUCAUAAAAGAACACAUACUGGAGAGAAGCCCUAUGAAUGUAAACAAUGUGGUAAAGCCUUUGCACGGAACUUUAAUCUUCAGAGCCAUAAAAGAACACAUACUGGAGAGAAGCCCUAUGAAUGUAAACAAUGUGGUAAAGCCUUUGCACAGAACAGUGUUCUUCAGAGUCAUAAAAGAACACAUACCGGAGAGAAGCCCUAUGAAUGUAAACAUUGUGGUAAAGCCUUUGCUCGUCACUGCAGUCUUCAAAUGCAUAAAAGAACACAUACUGGAGGGAAGCCCCAUGCAUAUAACCAAUGUGAUAAAGCAUUUCUCCACAGUAGUGACCCUCAAAGGCAUAAAACAACAUAUACUGGGGAGAAACACUGCAUAUAACCACUGUGGUAAAGCCUUUGUCCACAAAACUAGUCUUUAAAGACAUGAUAAAAUGCAUACUGGAGGGAAGCCCUAUGAAUAUAACCAGUGUAGUAAAGCCUUUACACAUAAAAGUAAUCUUCAGAGUUAUAAAAGAACACAUAUGGGAGAGAAAUGUUAGCAAGUUCAACAAUAUUGUAAAGACUUAACAUAUCACUGUCAUCGUCAAAGGCAUAAAAGAUCACAUACAUGGAGAAAACCCUAUGAAUAUAUGUCAAGGGCAGCCCUGAUUAUACACUGAAGGCCUGGAAUAAGCCAUAGGCCUAAAAGAAGCAAUAGGCCUGACAUACAUGCAUGCUAACACAAUUUCUUGGGUCUCUGUGGAAAAACACUGAAACAGAUGGCUAAAGCUAUUGUAAACAAGCAGCUUUGGUGGAAAAUUGCCAGGCUGAAUAGUCAUAGACCUUGUAGAUAGGUAGCCUUGGUGGAUAGUACCAACUUAGGUAAGGACAAAUAAAUCAUAAGCACAGUCAUAGUGACCUGUCCCCUGAAUCUUCACCCAGCUGACACUCUGUUCUGGAAGAUAUUUGUACUCCCCCUGAACACCUAUGCUCCUGCCUUAUCCCCUUCCCCACAUCCUGCCUUUUUGUGUAUGUAACUUCUGUGUGAAAAAGUAAAAAUUACGGUUUGAUUCACCUGU